AGACAUUCCCAAAGAUGUUGUAAACAAAAAGUGAGAGACAGACGCUUCACUGAAUUUCGGGUCAUUUUUAUUUCUUUAAUUUACAAUGUCUUUGGGAAUGUCUUACAAACCCAACGUCCAUCAGCACAUUCCGGGAACUUCUGGGAACCAGGUUGGAAACCUUCAGUCUGCCUCAGCAGCUAACCUGGCCACGUUGCAGUCCUACAGGCCUCUUCUGAGCGACUAUGGACCUCCGUCUCUGGGAUUCUCACAGGGCUCCACUGGCAGCCAAGUGCCUCAGAACAAAUAUGCAGAGCUGCUGGCCAUCAUCGAGGAGCUUGGAAAGGAGAUCAGGCCCACAUAUGCUGGAAGCAAGAGUGCAAUGGAGAGACUGAAAAGAGGGAUAAUCCACGCCAGAGGGCUGGUGCGUGAAUGCUUGGCUGAGACGGAGAGAAACGCGAGGUCCUAGCUACGAACACACAUUCCUCCCUGCAACAAGAAGAACUUCAUUUCUUGAAAAAAAAAAAAAAACUUGCAUGGCAUUCCCUUUGCAAGGAGGAAGUAAAUGAACACAGGAUGGAAAAGCAAGCAGCUCCUAGAGAGAAAAAAAAAAUACAGAAAUGCAACUCAUGAGUCCUGAGGGUUCUGGAGGAUCAUUUAAAUCAUGUGUGGGUUAUUGGAAUUCAGAUGGGAGGAGAUCAUGUGUUUUUACGGCCCACUUUUGGGAUCUUAGUUCUGACUUCAUAUUUAAAACAUUGGUUUAUGCAUGCGAACGGGCCUGGGGGUUAACUGUUAGACACUGCAUGGCUUGUACAGGGGUAGAUGGAGAAGUUUUUUUGAUAGUAUUUGGUCUGUUUUUCAGACCCCUAUAACACAUGACUGAGUGAGUGAGGGACAGAGAUGUGCCAAAUGCAUCGGUUCAUUCGUGUUGAGGUUGGUUUUGGUAU